AUGACAAAAUCCGGCAUUGAAGAUCUCACCACCCUCCUGGCAACGAUGAAACCAUCACUAGACCCAGAAACCUACGUCUUCAUUACAACAACCAAGCCCCUCUCAUCACUAGCACUCCCAACUCUGAAUCCACAAUUAAUCGCCCAAGAAAAAGAGGGCACCACUAUUGUCACGACCGAGACCCUAGCUAGGUCCCACGGUUUCACCGAGAUCACUUUUCCAUGUCAGAAGAUCUCGUUGACCAUCCACUCCAGUCUUGAGGCGGUUGGACUCAUUGCUACUAUUACGGAUCGGUUGAAGGAUUUCCGUAUUAGUACGAAUGUUGUUAGUGGCUUCUUUCAUGAUCAUAUCUAUGUUCCUGUUGCGCGGGCAGAGGAGGCGAUGCGGGUUUUGGAGAAGUUGGCGGAGGACUCGACGAGGGAAUAG